AUGAGCGCGGCCCCUUCCGAGAAGUUGCCUGACGGCAGCGUGAAGAAGGCAAUCAAGCUCCCGCCCAACGAGAAAGGUAGUGAUGUGCGGCGUCGGAGCUUCAUCGUGCUCUCCUUCUGGGCUGUUGUCGUCAUGCUCGGGCUGCCCUUUUGGUGGUACACGACCAGCAUCUACAGGGCGAAUCUACCACUGGAUCGCAUGCUCGAGUGGGCUGAUGGCAAGGCAUGCCAACAUAUGCUCCCUGUGACCGUGGCCUUUGAGGCUGAGGGACUCGCGGCAUCCGACGCCCAAGAGCUGGCUAGGUUGACGCAGGGCAUGCUGGAUCAACAAAGCGAUCUUGUUGCACACCAGAUACGACUGCAGCUGGGCCAUACCGAAAAUGCGGCUCUUGCACUCCAGUUUACGCCAGGCACACAGAUGGGUGCUACGUUAGAUUCGAGAGAAGCUUCUCUGAAAAUAAACUACCCUUCUGGCACCACCAUGUCCAAUCCGUCCGACGCAGCCGCCCUUGCGACCUACCUAGCCCAAGAGCUCCGCGCAGCCUUUGCGGAGGAGCGCGCCAUCAUCUCGCAUCUGUUGAACCAACCGCUUCAAAACCAGAGCCCCGAAACGAUCGAAGCCCUCUCCAAACGAACGACGCGAUCGAUGCGAUAUGCCUCGACUUACCACUUGACCUUUUCCCUCUUCACGGACGGGCCGAGUCCGAGCACUUGGGAUAUCGAGGAGGCAGUCGACCAGUAUAUGCGUCCUAUGCUAGACAUUCUGCGCCCCAUUCACAACUUCACGGUCGAUACUCAGCUACAGCUGUAUGCAACACCUGGUGUGCAGUCGCAGGUGCUAUCAAAGGAAGAUCUGUCGUCCUUCAUCAACGCGGCCGAAUGGCCGCUUUCGCCCUCAAUUGGCGGUGCACCUACUGUCAACUUUGUGCUCUUCGUUGGGAACCAGACAAUAGGCAAUGCUGGGUCAGACGCUACGUCACAGUCCUGGAUGAUACCCCAGUGGGGCACAGUCUACCUCUUGCCUCUGUCCGACUCGACUGCACAUGUCGAUAGCGAGAUUCUGAGGCAGCCAAUGCUCACUUUCGGCGGGCACCUUUUGACUCUUCUGGGCACCCCGCAAUCUGGCUCUUUGCCCCUACGUUUGUCGACGCUGACAAGGAUCAGGUCUCUUGACCUCCUUCUACGUGCCUCGUCGACCCUUGGCUCGCUAGCACGGCUCUCGGUCUCGUUGCCGUCUAUCUCAAUCCCGCGCACUGUCGCUGACGGAGUGGCCGCCAGUCUAGAGCACCUCGAGAAGGCAUGCGCCAACCUGGGUGGUCCAGAGGGUCUCUACCAUGCGCGCAUCGCCGGAUCCGAAGCAGAGAAGGCAUUCUUUGAGAAGAGCAUGGUUGGGCAGCUCUACUUUCCGGAUGAACACAAGAUUGCCGUCUAUCUCCCACUCCUGGGGCCCGUUGGCGUUCCUCUGGUGCUGGGCUUGAUCAAAGAACUAAAGGGGUGGAAGCAAAGAAGGAAAGACGCAAAAGAGACCAAGGACAUAAAGAAGCAAUAA